AAGAGGGGGGGUUAGGGGACAAAAAAACCAAGAACCAUGUCAUUGAAAGAAUUGCACAAAUGGAAGAAAGAAAGUAUAUACAUUUUGAUAUUCACCGCCCACAUUGUGGGGAGGAAUUCAAAGCCAUUCCCCUUUUUUCCUUCAUACAUACACAUAUUUUGUGUAAUACAGUACUUAUUAAAAAAUUCUUAUAUUAAUAUUCAUUGGGAUUCCCCAAGUCAACUAUCUUUAAAAAGAUGCUUGAUUUGUAUACUAUAAAAGUCCAUAUAUCACUAGCUUCAAUCAUCAAAUCAUUAUUAUUAGCAUUCAUGUAACAAAAAAAAAAAGAUAACAGUUUUGAAUAGUGAGAAAUGGAUAGUGAAGAUGCAGGAUCAGCCCCAUCAACACCAGUCACACCAGGGACACCAGGUGCACCACUCUUUGGUGGGUUCAGACCAGAUAGGAACCAUCAUGGUCCCAAUGCCUUCAGGAAAUCACUUCUAAGUAGCUUCAAAUGUUUUAGUGUUGAAACUUUGGUUAAGGAAGAAGGCACUUUGCCUACUGUUGCUUGUUUCUUACCACCUCCCCCUAUCUCACUAGCUAGAAAGGUUGGAGCUGAGUUCAUAGGCACUAUGAUACUUAUAUUUGCAGGAACUGCUACAGCCAUAGUGAACCAAAAGACACCAGGGUCCGAGAGCCUAAUCGGGCUAGCUGGCUCGUCCGGGCUUGCUGUUAUGAUCGUUAUACUAUCUACAGGUCACAUCUCAGGAGCCCAUUUGAACCCAUCAAUCACUAUAGCUUUUGCUGCCCUCAAACAUUUUCCAUGGAAACAUGUACCAUUGUACAUAGGGGCACAAAUAUUGGCAUCAAUUUGUGCAGCAUUUACAUUGAAAGUUGUGUUUGACCCAAUGAUGGGAGGGGGAGUGACUGUUCCUUCUGUGAACUAUGCACAAGCUUAUGCUUUGGAGUUCAUCAUUAGCUUCAAUCUUAUGUUUGUGGUCACUGCUGUUGCCACCGACACUAGAGCUGUUGGCGAGCUAGCAGGAAUCGCAGUGGGAGCAACUGUCAUGCUAAAUAUUCUCAUUGCUGGGCCAAUCACAGGAGGAUCAAUGAAUCCAGUAAGAACAUUAGGACCGGCAAUAGCUGCAAACAACUUCAAAGGCCUCUGGAUCUACCUUACAGCUCCCAUACUUGGUGCAUUAGCCGGUGCAGGAGUUUACACAGCAGUGAAACUGCCCGAAGAGGAUAAUGACCCUAAUAAGCCUCUGAGAACAUAGUUUCAAUUCAGAAGAUGAGAUCAAGAACUCGUAUAAAAUUAUCACUGCUAUGCCAAUUCUUAUAAGACCGGAUACUUUACUAAAAGUCUUCGAAGGGUACGUAUAUAGACAUAUCGUUACAUAGUGAUUACAUGGGAUUAUUGUUGUAUCUCGAGUCUUGAUAUGGCAUAAAACUAAUUAAUGAUAGAAUUUACACUUGAAGGCUGAUGAGAUUUUCUUUUCUUUUCUUUUCUUUCUGUGGUACAAGGAUUAAAAGUUCUUCUGUUUGUAAAGAGUUGAGAAAUAAGUCUAAAAAUCGUUGUAGUUCGUUUAGUCAA